GCAGGGAGAGAGGAUUGAUUUAAUCAGCAGUACUUACCACUCAGGGCUGGAGCGAUAGCACAGUACUUAACCACUCAGGUUCAGACUGUUCUGCCAUGAAGUUAACUGUGCUUUUCUUGGCCUUUCUAAGGUUACUAACAGCCCAGGAGACAGAUGACUGUCCUGGUAAGAAAUCAGCCACUCUGUUGCCAUCAUUCACAAUGACACCUGCUACAGAAAGUCCAGCAUGCCUUGGAACAACCAGCCACAGUACUACCAAGAGCCACACUACUACUGGGAGCCACGGUACUACCAAGAGCCACACUACUACUGGGAGCCACAGUACUACCAAGAGCCACACUACUACUGGGAGCCACGGUACUACCAAGAGUCACAGAACUACCACCAUAGGCACUACUAGCCAAGAACCCAGGACAACCACUCACAAUCCUACUACCACCAGUCACAGAAACAUCACAGUUCAGCCAACAACAGGCAACGGCACUACCAUCAACCCAGGACGCUCGACCAGCUCCCCUCACCCAGGACCACCACCUCCACCCUCUCCGAGCCCGAGUGCCAAGGAGGCUGUUGGAGACUACAUGUGGACCAACGGCUCCCAGCCCUGUGUCCGGCUCCAAGCUCAGAUCCAGAUGCGAAUUCUGUACCCAACCCAGGGUGGAGGAGAGACCUGGGGCAUCUCUGUACUGAACCCCAACAAAACCAAGGCUCUGGGAAGCUGUGAGGGUGCCCACCCCCAGUUACUUCUCUCAUUCCCCUAUGGGAAGCUCAGCUUUCAAUUCCAGCAGGAACUACUGCAGAACACAGUCUACGUGAACUAUAUGGCCGUGGAGUACAACGUGUCCUUCCCACAUGCAGCACAGUGGACAUUCUUGGCCCAAAAUUCAUCUCUUCAAGAACUCCAGACCCCUCUGGGCCACAGUUUCAGUUGUGGAAAUGCGAGCAUCAUUCUUUCAAGAACUUUCCACCUUGACUUGCUUGACCUGAAGAUGCAGGCUGCUCAGCUGCCCCUCACAGGAGACUUCGGGCCAAGUUUCUCUUGUCCAAGUGGUCACUCCAUCCUGCUGCCUCUCAUCAUUGGCCUGAUCCUCCUUGGCCUCCUCACCCUGGUGCUUGUUACCUUCUGCAUCGUCCAGAGACGCCCCUCCACCUACCAGCCCCUCUAAGCAUUUGCCCCAACAUCUAGGGCAAGAGGGAUCCCUCACUACUCACCUAUCAGUUAUCUUCCUUCUCUCUCUGUCCUGAAGAGCAAAGAGAGAGAGGGAUGAAGAGAAAGACUUUGUAUUCAUUACGACAGACUGCCGCUCCCCAUUGAAGAGUAGUAAAACCUAUUAAAAUCUUUGUCCCAGAUUUUUCAUGUCCUUCCUGCUGGGAAUAAAGUUUGUUUCAUGUC